UAUUACGGUUCUCCGUAUUUGUCCACCGAGUCAACGGAAUACUUUCACUGGGCAUCUGAGGAUUGUGUUGGGAAUUAAAACUCCACCGUGAAAGCGUACUACAGUUAAUCAGCAAUGUUACCAUCCAGCUUCUGAGGUUUUUCAAAGGAUGCAUACAACACGUGGACCAUCGUCCAUCUCGACAGGUGUCUCAGGAGAUGCCUUGGACCUCAGCUUGUCCGGCUCCCAGCUUUCAAUGUCCAAAAGACCUAGCAGUGCAUCACCUGGGAAGUACUUCUCUCGCUCUGUGUCGGUUUCUGUGGCCAGUGAUAGCAGAGGGAAACGCAACACCCUGAGCGAUGCCGGCUUUGGUAGCUCCCGCUCCAUCAAGAACCUGAGGAGGUCCAACAGCACCACUCAGGUCAAUCAGCAGGCCAAUAUUAGUUUAAGUCAGGACCAGAGUGAGGACUACCUGGCCCUGUUUGACAGCAGCUCUGAUGGACGCAAGAAACUGGCCAGCCUCAGCAAGGCCUCCCCAGACAGAACCACAUGGAACAUCCUGGACGAUCAGCCCAGAGCUUUCCCCCCUCACUCCAGCUCCCGCAGCACCGGCAGUGUUGACUCUCCCACCGGCCUAAAGAAAAGAGAGCCUGGCAUUGCUCUGGCUGCGACCUUCACUGCCAACAACAGGAGCAACAAGGGAGCUGUGGGGAACUCAGUCACCACCAUCUUACACAACAACUACUCUGAGAAACCUCUCACACCCAAGAGCUCCAACCAGAAGCCGUCCUUUAAUAACAUCCUCAAAGCCACAGCAAAUGAUGAGGUGUCACUGGAGAACGGCUCCGUCACUAAGUCUCAGAAGAAUUUCUCCUCGACGUCAUCCACUUCUAACAACAAAUCCCCAGUGUCGGCCCAGCGCGGCAGCCCGGUGCUGCCUCGAAGGAGGGAGGUCACUGAGGAGGAGGCAGAAAGGUUUAUCCAGCAGGUGAACCAGGCAGCAGUCACUAUCCAGCGCUGGUACAGACGCAAUGCUAAGAGACAACACACAAACCAAGCAGCGCUCAAACGUAUCCUUGCCAGUAAAAGAAAGGAGUGGGAGGAGAGAACAGAGGAGGACAGUCACCUGGAGCAGCAGCACAAAAAGGACGAAGACCGGAAACGCAUUCGUGAAGAGAAAGCUCGUCUGGCCCGCCUCGCUGCCAUCCAGGAGCUGCAGCAGAAAAGAGCCCAGCGGGUUACAGAGGUGCAACAUGCAGCUGAGGUGGAGCUGGAAAACCUGAAGCAGACCGGUGUGGUUGGACGUAAGAAGCCGCCUAGGAUUUCCCUGACCAACAAAAGUCCAGCAUCGCCGAGCAACAACAGCCCGCUGUCACCCACAGUCGUCAAAGCCAAGAACACAGACUCCAAUUUGAACAUUGUGGCCGACUUAGGUGAGCUUAGCUUCAGAGCCAUUUCUCCAGCUCUGUCCAAUCCUAGAGGCUCUCAGUGUUCCCAGGAGACUCUGCAGAGGUCAGUGAGUGUGGAGGACCAGCGGCAGGGAGCGUUGUCCAGCAGGGCUCAGUCUAAAACCACGCUCAACGAGCUGCUGGACACUCUGAAGCUGUUGGAGGAGGAGCCAGAGAGGCUUUCAGAGCCCAAGUGCUACCGCAAAGAUAAAUACGCCUGGAUAGAUGAGGACGGAGACUCCAACUCUCUGACCACUGACAACCUGGAGCGCCACGGGCAGCUGAGCCACCACCCUGCUCUGCCAGACGGGGGCGCCCUGCUGUCUGAGGCCAAGCUGCAGAGCAUCAUGAGCUUCCUGGAUGAGAUGGAAAAAUCUGAACAGGAGAGACCUCGCUCGGUCACCUCAGGGUCACACAGAGAGGCUGUGUUGUCUGAGGAGGAGCUGGCUGGUGUUGAGCAGGCGUCGGCCACCGCCGCCGAACUCACCGGUUCCAUGAUGAGAAUCAAGCUGGAGCUGGAGGAGAAGAAACGCACCGUCAACAUGCUGCAGGCCGCACUGGCCCAGCAGAGGGAGCUGACGGUGAGACACGUGAAGGAGACUGAGAAGGAGCUGGGCAGAAACUUCCAGAUCCAGAAGGAACAAUAUGAAGCCACCAUCCAGAGACACCUCACAUUCAUUGAUCAGCUGAUCAAUGAUAAAAAGGCUCUGAGUGAGCGCUGUGAAGGAGUGGUGGGAGAGCUGAAGCAGGUGGACCAGAAAUACACCAAGAAGAUCGCACAAAUGCAGGAGCAGCAUGAGAUGGUGUGGCAAAUUCUGGGUCCCUUGUGCGAGGAGAUCAAGAAGUUAAAAGACCUAAUGAGUGCCACAGAGAAGGUCCGCCGGGAGAAAUGGAUUGAUGAGAAAACCAAGAAGAUCAAAGAGAUCACCGUCAAAGGUCUGGAGCCAGAGAUCCAGAAGCUGAUCUCUAAACACAAACAGGAGCUGAAGAAGCUGCGGACGCUCCACGAGGCGGAGCUGCUGCAGGCGGACGACCGCGCGGCCCAGCGCUACGUCCGUCAGUGCGAGGAGCUCCGCCAACAGCUGGAGAAGGAGAAGGAGGAGCAGUGUCAGAGAGAGAGGGAGCUAGCCAAACAGAGAUAUGAGAAGCAGCUUCAGGAGGAGGAGCUGUCCCUGCAGCAGCAGAGGAGGCGUCUCUACAAGGAGGUGGCCGAGGAGAAGGAGAGGCUGGCCGAGCUGGCUGCGAGGCAGCGAGCCGAGCUGGAGGAUCUGCGGCGGCAGCUGGAGGAGAACAGCUCUCUGGCUGGACGAGCCCUCAGAGAGGAGCUGGACAAAACCCGAGAGGAGCAGGAGAGGAGACACCAGGUGGAGAUGAAGGCGCUGCAAGAACGUCUGGAUAUCGAAAAGCAAACCUGGGAAGAAAACUACAAGAAAAAAGAGGAAGCGUGGCUGCUGAGCCGCGAGCGUGAGCUCAAAGACGAGCUGCGGCGAGAGCGUGACAAAGAGAUCGAACUCGCCAUCUGGACGCUGGAGGAGGAGACCAGCAAGGACAAAGAGGAGUGUGAGAGGGCUGCUGACAACAGGUUGAAGCGUGUGAGGGGAAAAUACGAGGCCGAGCUGAGGGAGCUGGAGCGCUCGGAGAGGACGGCCGUGGAGAAACAGCAAGAGCUGAGGAAGCAGCAGAUGGAUACGGAGGGAGAGCUGAUCAGACUUCAGGCCCUGCUCAGACAGAAAGAGCAGGAGGUUGAGGACAUCACACAGACCAGGGACAAGUUGGUGGACGAGCGCCGCAGCCUGGCGGAGGUGGUAAGGCAGGAGUUUGCCGACCGGCUGGUGAUGACGGAGGAGGAGAACCGCAGGAUGAAGGUGGAGGUGUCAGAAGUCAGGGCAAGGCUACGGCUGGAGGUGGAGAGGGUCACUAGGGAGAAGGAGGAGGAGCUGGCUGAAGUCCAUCAACGAGUGAAGUCGGCCAUCUUGAAGAAGGAAGAAACUGUCAAUAAUCUUCGGAAGCAGCACGAGGCUGCGCUGAAGAGGGCGGAUCACCUGGAGGCCCUGUGGGAGCAGCAGAGGAAGCAGCUGCUGGAGAAGUGACUGACAAGAAGGCCAGGAUUUAUC